UAUAUGUUUGGUAUGCCAUAUACUUCAGUUUACUCAAAUUCACGUAGUGAACACGAUUUGUAAUGAAGCUGGAGGCAAAUAACCCAUUGGAGAAACAAGUCAAAGAAGGGUCGUAUAAAUUUCCGAACAACCUCUGGAAGAAUGUUAGCAGUGAAGCUAAGGAUCUUAUAACAAAACUGCUUACUGUUGGUCACAGAAAAUGCAUCACGGUUUCAGAAGCUCUGGAACAUCCUUGGAUGAAGGAUAAAGAAAUGAUAGAAAAAGCAGAAAAAAUGAUAAAACCGACCGUGGAUGGAAGAUCAAUGUCUCCGCUAUUAUAA